CGUCGUUAUUGCUGAGUGUGCAUCGGGUUAAGAGGCUAAACCCUAAGCUCGACUUGCUCAAAGUCUCUCUGGCAAAUAUGGCACCUAUCGGGUCUGCCCCGUUCGACAUCGUGUCGACCUACUAUGAUCUCCUCAAAUCCGACCCCGAUCUUACGAUGCCCAUAGCGGCUAUCGAAGCCUUGGUACUUCUUUUGACACAUUCGCCGUCUUCUACGAUUUCCGAAACUCUCGACUUGCUAGACAAGCAUACCACUGUCUUAAAAAACGCCGUUCCCAACCCCAUUGCCCUUUCCGCAGGCACGGAUUUGUUCCAACGAUACCUUAUCACAACUUUACAGAGACCAGGUCAACUAGGGCCGGCCGGCGAUUUCAAUGCUAUCAGAGCUCAUUUAUUGUCCAACGGGCGAUUGUUCAUCAAGCGGGCGAAAGAAAGCCGACAUACAAUUGCCGCGUUUGGAAAAGGGUUCGUUCGAGAUGGGAGUACGAUAUUAACGAACGGUGGUUCCCGAGUCGUUUCCGCCUUGCUGCAGAAAGCAGCAGAUGAAAUGAGCGGGCCUUCGGCUGUUCGAUUCCGCGUUAUUUACGUUCUAUACGGUAUCAGCGAUGCCGAUAGCCUUACAGUGGAGCCGGAAGGGUUAGAAACGGUACGGGCAUUGAGGGCAAAGGGUGUACCGGUUGCUACUAUCCCAGAGUCUGCUGUAGCCUACUCGCUCGGCAAAGUAGAUACAGUCAUAGUUGGUGCUGAGGUGUCGAGAAUGGGGACCUAUCAGAUUGGUCUCCUGGCCAAAGCGAUGGGAAAGCCAUUUUAUGUUGUCGCCGAAAGCCACAAGUUUGUUCGUCUCUACCCACUGGGACAAUACGACCUUCCAAUCGAGCAGCAUGUGAUUGAUUUCAAAUCAGAGGAAGAUCUGGGUACAGAUGGGAAUAUUGGAUCUUCGCAAAAUAGCAGUGGGAAAGACUCGGAGGGCAAGACCGAUGUUUCGCCUGAAGCAAAGGCCGAACACAUGGCUGCACUAUUGAAUGGGGCACCACCUGAAAAAGUGGAUGGCUCGCGCCGACGCGAUGCAGUUGAUUUCACCCCGCCGCACCUCGUCACUGCGUUGAUCACAGAAAGCGGUGUACUGACGCCGAGCGCUGUUAGUGAGGAGUUGAUCAAGAUUUGGUUCUAAAUGAUGUUUUGGCCCGUUCAACCAUUUAUACACUAUGGCGAGCCGUGCUAGGUUCAGUUUCGGCCAUUAGGUGUCCCUCCGUCGCCUACAGGCAUCAAAAUUAGACCAUCGGGCACUAAAAAGAUAAAAGACGACAUAUGAAAGAUAUGUUGAGAGGGACACCUCGAUCCAGCAAAAUACAUUGCACGAAACGCAGGUAUGAAUACUGUACGAAAUAAUGGUCUGGCUUGAUGCCCAAGGCAUCUGUCAGAGAAAUUUUAUAAGGUUGAUGAAUUGCCAUGGUCAAUUUCACCGAAAUAAUAGAUAGGAUCGCCAGUCUCUAUUCUACCUAAUCUAAUACAAACUUCUCA